UCGACUGGGGGCCUCUCCAGGGAAGUAAAACCCAGUCGCAGCAACCGCGGAACUGUGCUCAGGACCUGAGUGAGCUGGGAGGAUCCGCCGAGUGCCAGCGGCGCCAGCUGGGGAGGAGAGGACGAGGAUACGAGACUGAAAAGAAACACUCCACCUCCACUUGCCACUGUUGUUUCAGAAUGUCAAGUACUGUGUCCUACUGGAUCUUCAAUUCUGCAAGGAAUCGUAUCGCUCUAUUACGAGGCGGGAGACGCCUAUACUCAAGGGCUGCCACGAGUAGGAACCCGCUGAAGUGGAGGCCCUUUUCUCCGGCCUCGUCAGCCGCCGUCGAGGGUGGUUUUCCAUCUGGUGGCUUUGCCCUGCGGAAAGCCUACAGACACACGUCAACCGAGGAAGAGGAUCUCCACUUACAGCUCAGCCCCGAACAGGUCAGUGACCUGCUCCGAGCUGGCGAGUCAGCCCACAAGGUCCUCGAGGUCAACAACGGAGUUCCAAAUUCAGUGUUAAGGUUCGAGAGCAACCAGCUGGCUGCCAACUCCCCGGUGGAGGACCGGCAAGGUGUGGCGACCUGCGCCCAAACGAAUGGGAUGAUGUUCGGUAUUUUUGAUGGACACGGGGGCCAUGCGUGUGCGCAAGCGGUGAGCGAGAGGCUUUUCUACUACAUGGCGGUGUCCCUGAUGUCCCAUCAGACCUUGGAGCAGAUGGAGGAAGCGAUGGAAAACAUGAAGCCUUUGCUGCCCAUCCUGCGUUGGCUCAAGCACCCCGGAGAUAGUAUUUAUAAGGAUGUCACGUCAGUGCAUCUGGACCACCUCCGUGUCUAUUGGCAGGAACUCCUUGACCUGCAUAUGGAGAUGGGGCUGAGCAUUGAAGAAGCCUUGAUGUACUCCUUCCAGAGACUGGAUUCUGACAUCUCGCUAGAAAUUCAGGCUCCUCUGGAAGAUGAGGUAACGAGGAACUUAUCCCUCCAGGUUGCUUUCUCUGGGGCAACAGCCUGCAUGGCCCACGUCAAUGGAGUUCACCUGCACGUAGCAAAUGCUGGUGACUGCCGGGCUAUCCUCGGUGUCCAGGAAGACAACGGUGCUUGGUCAUGUUUACCUCUUACCUGUGACCACAACGCCUGGAAUGAGGCUGAGCUGUCCCGGCUUAAGAGGGAACACCCGGAGUCUGAGGAUAGGACCCUCAUCAUAGACGACAGGCUUCUGGGUGUCCUCAUGCCCUGCAGGGCCUUUGGGGAUGUCCAGCUAAAGUGGAGCAAAGAGCUGCAGAGGAAUGUCCUCGCGAGGGGCUUUGAUACCGAGGCCCUCAACAUCUACCAGUUCACCCCGCCCCACUACCACACUCCACCUUACCUGACUGCCAAACCCGAGGUUACCUACCACAGGCUGAGGCGCCAGGAUAAGUUCCUGGUGCUGGCCUCAGAUGGCCUGUGGGAUAUGCUGGGGAAUGAGGAUGUGGUGAGGCUGGUGGUGGGGCACCUGUCCAAGGUGGGUCUCCAUAAGCCGGACCUGGACCAAAGACCAGCCAACCUGGGCCUCAUGCAGAGCCUGCUGCUGCAGAGGAAAGCCAGUGGACUCCAUGCGGCUGACCAGAACACAGCCACGCAUCUGAUCAGACAUGCCAUCGGGAGCAACGAGUAUGGGGAGAUGGAGCCGGAGCGGCUGGCUGCCAUGCUGACACUGCCAGAGGAUGUGGCCCGGAUGUACCGGGAUGAUAUCACUGUCAUGGUGGUGUUUUUUAACUCAGAUUCAAUUGAUACCUACUGUAAGGAGGGCUAAGAGUCUCCCUCUGUUGCCAAGGCUAACAUGAGUGCCCUUUAGAACACUUCACUCCUUAGUGAGCAAUUCAAACCUUAGGGAAGAGUAGGCAGACAUAGGUUGCUGAGUAAUUAACAAAGGAAGGGAGGGAAAACCAGCCUUAGUGGCAGUGGUGGUGGGGGAGAUGAGGAUGACGAUGACGACCAGACGAAGACAUUAGGAGUGAUUUUUUUUUUUUUUUUUUUUUGUCCUGUGUGUGCUGGUCAGCUCUUCUGUGUAGCAGACAGAAUAAAGACUAAAAUUGGCGUAGGCUCACGUAGCCUAUGUCCUUUAUAAGACUGUUAAAUUGUGUCACCCUGUGCUUUUAAAGGAUAAAUUUAAUCAUGAGUCUAAGAAUAAAGAAUUUCAGGAUCUUUUGAGACCCAGUUGCAGGUUUUACAGAUGCAAUCAUUCUGAACUCUGUUAUGCGCAACUUCUAGGCUCUAGUGUCUUGUUUGUUUUUUUUAAUUAGGGAAGCCUGGGUUUACAAAGCAAUCUUCAGGGCGCUUUUCUAUGUAGUCUAACUGUGUGUGUGUGUGUGUGGUUAUGAAAUGACUGUGACAAUAUUUUGUGCUGUUUGCGGUUUUUUUAACACUGGUUAAGUUUAUUUUAAAAGUGAAUCCCCCAGCUGGUAAGCAGGACGGCCAAAAGCCAGGACCUGUUUGGGACCUGGCUGAGGAUGAGAGGAGCCAGGCCCCAGGCCAGCUGAAUUUAAUUGUGCAGCUAUUGUUCACCUCUGUUGAGCCUCACCUCUGAACCUUCCAGCCGGCCCUCCGGGGAGGUGAUUUCUGUCCAAUCCCUAACUCCUGACUUUUUUUGCUGAGUAAACCGUCCCCCCCACCCCCCACCCCCCACCCCCCCCCACCCCCGCCACUAGGCUUAGCCACAGGUUACUCAUAAUUUUAGGUUCCUUUUGAUUAUAGACACAACCUACCUCUGCUCUUCUGCCUAGCCUCAUCCUGACGUUACUGGAAUAUCUUCCCUCUUCCAUCACCCAGAGGUUGGCAGAAAGAAGGUGACAUGGUUGGGGGGGCAGUUGAGGACAUGUAGGAAGGAUCUUUUCAGUGGUCUGUGGACCUGGAUCUGGAGAAGUGAAGGUAAGGCCCUAUGAGAACAGGCUUUCUCUCUGCAUCUCAGAAGGGAGGAGGGAGGCUUAUCAGAUGGGCCACCUGCCCCUGCCUGUUGAAUUGCCAUCGCUAUGCCUCGGGGACUAGACCAUAUUUAGUGUGAGAGGUAAAAGCUACAGAGCAUCUGGUCAUAGCCUUCAUGGGUCAUGGGUGUUUGAAAACUAAUCCGCAUGAAUCCGGUUUAGAGGAUAAAUUUCCUCCUCUCUUGGGUGACUGUAGCAUUGAACUGCAGGAACUGUGUCCCUAAACACAUGCAGUUUUUUUUUUUUUGGGGGGGGGUGCAGUUUUAAUUUCCUGUUCCUUGUCAGCACUUCCGCCGCAGGCAAGGCUCUUUAGUUGAUCCUUUGGUUUCCACGGUAUCACCCACACACUAGGUUUGGCCCCCUCUGCUUUGCAGGUAGACAUUCUGUCGAGUUCAGACGGGGUUAGCCAAACGGCUCAGUGGGUAAAGGCUGCCAGUCUCAAAACCCUUGAGUUCCAUCCGGGGGAACCCACGUGAUGAAAGGAGUUGAAAGUUGACCUCCGACCUCCACGUGUGCACCAUGGCACAUGAACUCACACAAAAUAAAUAAAA